GAUAGACCUGAUGAAGGACGGUUCAACGGUUGGAGCGCGAGCGGAUGAUUUGAACAGUGUGGAUUUCGAGCGGGAUGUGAUGGUGGACAGGCGGCGGGGUAAGGGACGGUCCAGAGUUAGUAGGUCGAGGCUUCGGGCCCUGGACGAAAUGGGGAUUCAACCUCGACCAUAGUGUAUGCGGAUAAAGAGACAGAAUUCUGUCUUUGAAGACUGACUCCUGCUGCCGAAUCCCUGGUUGACCCACUUCCUUUCCCCCGCGGCAGAAGAAGAAACCCCGCGGUGGCUGACAGUAAUCCACCAUCAAAACAAAAAAUGUUCUGGCGGGCCAUGUGUGGGGCAGCGAGAGCGGUCAUGGUUUUAUUAGAGAUAACAAGGUGUAGAGCUGGAUGAACACAGCAGGCCAAGCAGCAUCAGAGGAGCAGGAAGGCCGACGUUUCGGGCCUAGACCCUUCUUCAGAAAUUAGACCUUUCCGUAGAGGAGUCACAUUGAACUGGAAACCUUAAUUCUUGUUUCUGUCUCUAAAGAUGUUGCCAGUCCUGCUGAUUUUUCUCCAGGAACUUCCGAUUUAAACAAUUCAGGGUUUUGAUGUUCUGAAUGUGUAUUUUUCCUUUUUCUGGGGAGGAAGAGCUUGCCUUACCAGAGCUAUUUUAGCCUCCCAUCAAGGUGUAUCUUGACUGCCUGACGUCUAAUUAAUUCCAGUACUGAAUGUGCAAGAAUUCACCACCCCACCGUAUUUAAAUCUUGGGAAGACAUGAAGUAAUUGUAUUCAGUCCGUAGACCAAACUUCACUCCAAACUACUGACUUUCUAUCUCGAUAGGACGCAGGGAAGCACUGAGGAUCAUGCCCACAGAGACCCCGAGGGUAGCUGGAAAGGUGGAUAACGUUGUUAACAACGUAUAUGAGAUACCUGCCUUGAUUAGCCAAGGCACAGAGUUUAAGGCAGAAAAGUUAUGCUGGAACUGUGUAAUACGUUGGUUAGGCCACAGCUUGAGUAUUGUGUGCAGUUGGAAGGAGAGGGUGUAAAGGAGAUUUACCUGAAUAGGGGGUGGGGGUUCGUGGUGACGGGAUAUGAUUGAGAUGUAUAAAACUGUGGAGGGUAUAGACAGGCUAGAUGGGGAGAAACCUUUCUUCUUGGCGGAGAGAUCAAUGACCAUGCAUCAUUGAUUUAAGGGGUUGGAAAUUUAGAAGGAGGAAAAAAAGCUGUUGGGAAUCUGGAAAUCACUGCUUGCAAGGGUGUUAGAGCCAGAAACUGUCAACAUUUAAGUAUUUAAAUGAACACGUGUAUGGGGAAUGGGAUUGCAUUGGAGGGGGUACUUGCAGGGGGUGGUGUACCCAUCUAUUUGCCCUUGACCUUCUAGGUGAUAGAUGUCAGGUAUUUGGAAGAUGCUGUCAGGAGCCUUGUGAAGUCAUUGCCACAUGCUUCGAAGUGGCAAUCAAGUGGACUGGGCUGGCUGAUAUGUUGUCAGAAUUGCAUUCAUCCAAAUGAAGUGGAAAUAAUUCAAUCUCUGACUUUUACCUAGUAGAUAGUGAACAACCUUUGGGGAGUCAAGAGCUGAAUUAAUCACUACAGAAUCUUAAGUUUGAUCUGUCGGUGGCAAUGUUUAUGUGGUUAGUCCAGUUAAACAAUAAUGUCCAGGAUGUUGAUAAUGGAGGAUUCAACAAUGAUAAUUACCUUGAGCACCAAGGACAAAUGGUAAUAUUCCCCUUUAGUUUGAGAUGAUCAUUGUCCAGUUCUUGUUGAAGUUUAUAAAGAGCAAACUUUAUAUUAACAAGCAAUAAUGGGAUUAGGAGUGUGCUGGUUGAUUAAAUAUUCCAGUUAAUUAAGAGGUCCACAUGAUCAAUGUAGAAUCACAAUAAGUAAUAGAAAUGUAAUGCAGUGUGGUAUGCACAUCACUGUUAUACUGUAUUUAAAUAAUAAUGCAACUUUGCCUUAAAUAAAACUUGCCAGUAGAGAGCCUUCUCACUCUCACUCUCACUCUCCACUGACUACUCGGAUGUGGAUGUACUGUUGUUGGACUGGGGUGGACAAGGUCAGAAGUCACACAACACCAGGUUAUGGUCCAACAGGUUUAUUUGAAAUCACAAGCUUUCAAGUUUACCCUUCAUCAGGUGAAAUGAGAGAGAACCACGCAGGCACAGGAUUUAUAGGCCGAGAGAUUAAAAGAUCAUACAAAUGGUGAGAGUGGAGUGUAGACAGGCAGAAUAAUUGCUCUCUACAAGUGAUCAAAAAGUGUCAAUCGUGAUAAUACAGUAAACUUCCAGUACAUCAAGGAUAUAUUUUUGCUGUUUAUUGAGAGUGCUGGUUCAUAAGGUGCUGGUUAUAACAAAGUUUUCUGUAAAUUUCACUUAUCAGCCUGAACCUGAAGUUGUUUGGAUUUGCUGCACGCAGGCUUAGAUUGUUUUGUUAUGAAGAGCUGAGAAUGGUAUGGAACACUGUUCAGUUAUCUGCAAAUAUCCCCACUGUGUCCUUAUGGAGGAGAGGUCAUAUAUUAAGUAGCUAUAGAUUGCUGGACCUUGGUCACUACCCUGAUGAACUCUGUCAAUUAUAUCUAGGAACUGAGAUAGUUAGUCUCCAACUAGCAGAUUCCUUUGUGCUAGGUAAUUGAACAGACUGGAUUUACCCUCCAUUUUGAGGGCAGGAUAUAUUCGGACACUUUUUCAAUGCUGUUUGGUGGAAGCAUGUGCUGUAAUUGUACUAGAACAGUUUGGUGCAGAAUGUGACUGUUUCUGGAGUAUACAUUCAUUACUACGGCUCAAGAUGUUCUCAGGGCCUAUAGCCUUUGCAGCAUCCAUCCCAUCAGCUGUUGCUUAAUUUCAAUGAGCUUAAUUUUCUGAAGACUGGUAUUUAUAAUUGUAGGGAUGUUAAGAGAGCAAAAUUGAACAUCCCCUUGAUGUCUUCAGACCGAAGACAGUUGCAAGUGUUUCAACCUUGUAUUUUGCAUUGGUAUACUUGGCUUCUUCAGUGAUGGGAAUGUUGGUGCUGAAUGAGCUAAUCUUUACUUACCGAACCCUGGCUCAAUAAAGAGUGUAGGACAACAUACCUGCAGCAGCACCAGGUAUCCCUAAAAGUCUGCUGAAAUGACAACAUAGGACUAGCAUGCAAUAGAAAGUCAAGCUAUCCCAUGACCCUUGGGUCAGAUCUUAGUUCUGCCAUCCCACGACAUCGGUGUGAAUGGUGGUUGACAAUUAAGUAAUUAACAGGAUGAGGAUUCUGUAUGAAUAUCUCAGCCCUCCAUUAUGAGGAAGCCCAGUACAAAAGAUAAGGCAAACAGAAGUGUUAAUCAGAAGUGUUGAAUAAAUUAUCCAUCUUGUCGGCUUAAUGAAGCACCCAGAAUAACAGAUGCCAGCCUUCAGGCAAUUCAGUUCACUCGGGUGAUACCAAAAAACAACUGAAGCAACUGGAUACUGCAAGGACAUUGGGACUUGACAGCAUGUUCCAGCAAUAGUACUCUAGAUGCAUUCCAGUAUAAUUAGUUGACUAGCAUCUUAUCUAAAAAAGUAGAAAAUUGUCUGGGAACUUUGUUUACAAAAAUCAAGACAAAUCCAACUGAGCCAAUUGCCAUGACAUCAAGGAUCCAUUGAAAAACUGAAACCUCCAAUGGGAAUCAGAUGAAAAUUCUGCUCAUUGGAUUCAUCCCUAGAACAGAAGAUGAUGGUUGUGGUUUUUCAAGGUCAGACAUCUCUACCACAGGACGUCAUUGUAAAAGAUCCCCAGGGUGUUGUCAAGUCCUGAAAUGACAAUACAGCUUAUAUCCAUGUACGGCAAGAUCAGGACACUAUCCACACUUGGACUGAUAAAUGAUGUUUGUGCUACACAAAUACUCUGAACAGAAUCUAACUGUUGACCCUUGAUGUUGAAUGGCACUUCUAUUGCUCAGUCCCUCCCUAACAACAUCCUGAGAGUUACCGUUAACCACGAGCUGAACUGAAGUGGAUCAGCUGUUUAUGUAAUUAGGUCGGAGGUUUGGCAUUCUGUAUGGCGAGUAACUUCUCUCCUGACUUCACAAAAUCGGUCCACACUCUACAAGUAUUCAAACAAAAGGUGUUAAAGAAACUAUAUUCUGCACCACCUCCUGAAAGGAAAAUACAGGAAGCCCUGACAAAAGCUUUUAAGACACAACAAGAGCAGGAGAAGGAGGAGGAAAGAAGCAAAAGUGCUAGUGACUCAAAAGACGAUGCACAAAUUAUUCCCGUAAGCAGGAAAGUGUAUACAGUGAAUCUGCCGCCUUCUGGGAAUGAAGUGUGCUCAACUAGAUUAAAUGAACAUCAUGAAUCUCAAGAUUCAAGUGAAGAACCAGAAGAAGAAAAUUCUUCACAAAAAUUUCCAAGAAAACGUAAGCGAAGAAGAAAACUCAAUAGUUCAUUACUUGACCACAUCAAGAAAAAUGUACCCUCUGUGUUUCAACAACAAGAAGAAUCAAAAAUUGACAUCUUGCACACUCUGCAUUUAGACUCUGCAAAGCCUGGAGCGGAAACAUUAACCAAAAACAGGAAAAGAAAAUUGAAAAAGAAACGACAUAAAGAAAGGUUAAAGGCUGCUGGGCUGGCACCCAGAGCCACAGCUGUAGAAUUCAUGUAUGAACCACGAGAGGGCAGUAGUGAAGAAGGUCCUGCGAAGAGUGAAGAGGUAGACAUUAUGGACUUCUUAAAUGCAAUGUAGGAAUUGUGUUUUGCUGAUGGUGCUUUACUGUCAUUCCUUAACAGAAUAAUCUGGAAUAGCGUCUUUCCUGGCAUUUAUUGCCCCUGUCCCCCAAAACCUCCCUUUUUAUCUGGCUUCUCCUUUAAGUUUGGUGAGAUGGAUCUAUUGUAAUCAGAGUUCAGUCAGCAACUUAAAAGAAAGAUGUGGUCCAAUUGGAUGCUUUUCAUAUCAGAGAGUUUCUUUUGUAUUCAAAUUUAUGCUUUUCUUUAAGUUGAAGACAAAAUGAUUUUAUAUUGUAAGCACUGUAUUGCCCGGUUGCUUGAGAAAAUGUCUGUUUUCUUUAACACAUGAAGGUCUGUUUUCCAGCUAUCAAAUUAACUCUCUUCCCUUUCUGACCUUGUUUGUAACUUAUUGGCUGCUAAGAUUAUUACAAAGUGUUUCUCUUUGAUAUGUGAUGUAGAGAAUAUGUUAUGUGGCCUGAGUCUGUUCCUCCACCUAGCAUGAAUACUAUCAAAUCUAGAAAUAACCACCAAAGCUAAAAUUAUUGGAGAAAACAUGGUGCUUCUGUGUUUUUUCUCGAAAUUCAGUGGCUCAUUGUAGGAACGCAAAAGAAUGAUCUGGCUCUUUUUUCCUCAGUGCUUUAUCAGUAUCAUUCCAGAAUGAGUGGCUGGGACUUUCAUAGUUCUCAUUUUCAUUGAUUAUACGGAUAACAAACAAGUGACCUACUUGAGAUUAGAAUUUAACAUUUGGCCAUUGUGAAUCAGAACCCAUGCCCAUUGUCUUGUGUUUCUAGAAAUGCUAAAAUUAUUGCUUUGAUGUUAAGCAUUAUUUUGAUUAUGUACAAUGGAUGAUGGUGCCUUUUUAUAAAACAGUACUAAUUAUUUACUUUUCUAUUUCCAAAAGCUCUCAAAAUUCUAUAGCAAUCUAAAACUGGUACUGUACUUUUGAUCUUGGAAGUUAUGAAGUUCUGCAGAAUUUUGUGCAGGGAGUUAUGCCAUUUUCUGAUAUUCUACAUCUCUGUUGUUUUACGCAAUAUUAACAGAUUUGUAAUUAGAACAUAGAACAGUACGGCACAGUACAGGGCCUUCGGCCCACAAUGUUGUGCCGAACUUUUAAAGGUCUAUCUAACCUCCACCCCCACCUUAUACUAUCAUCCAUAUACCUAUCUAAUAGCUGCUUAAAUGCCCCUAAUGAGGCUGACUCCACUACCUGCUCCGGCAAUGCAUUCCACGCCCCGAUCACACUCUGAAUAAAGAACAUACCUCUGACGUCUCCCCUAUAUCUAUCUCCACUCACUUUAAAACUAUGCCCCCUCGUAAUAGCUACCUCCAUCCUAGGAAAAAGUCUCUGGCAGUCUACUCCAUCUAUACCCCUGAUCAUUUUGUACACCUCUAUCAAGUCACCUUUCAUCCUUCGUCAUUCUAAAGAGAAAAGCCCUAGCUCUCUCAACCUUUCCUCCUAAGACCUUCCCUCCAUUCCAGGCAACAUCCUGGUAAAUCUCCUCUGCAUCUUUUCCAACGCUUCCACAUCUUUCCUGUAAUGAGGCGACCAGAACUGGACGCAAUGCUCCAGGUGUAGCCGAACCAGGCUUUUGUAUAGCUGGAGCAUAACUUCACGGCUCUUGAACUCAAUCCCGCUAUUAAUGAAAGCUAACACACCAUACGCCUUCUUAACAACUCUAUCCACCUGGGUGGCAGCUUUCAGGGCACUGUGAACAUGAACCCCAAGAUCCCUCUGCUCCUCCACACUGCCAAGAAUCUUUCCGUUAACCCUGUAUUCUGCUUUCAAGUUUUUCCUUCCAAAAUGAAUCACCUCACACUUUUCAGGGUUAAACUCUAUCUGCCACUUCUCAGCCCAGCUCUGCAUCCUAUCAAUGUCCCUUCGUAACCUAGAACAGCCCUCCGCACUGUCCACAACGCGACCCACUUUCGUAUCGUCUGCGAACUUACUAAUCCACCCUUCCACUCCUUCAUCCAAAUCAUUUACAAAAAUCACAAAUAGAAGAGGACCCAGAACAGAUCCUUGUGGUACACCACUCCUAACUGAGCACCAUGUUGAAUAUUUUCCGUCCACUACCAUCCUUUGUCUUCUAAGGGUCAGCCAAUUCUGAAUCCAAUCUGCCACAUUUCCCCCUAUCCCAUGCCUCCUUACCUUCUGCAUGAGCCUACCAUGGGGAACCUUAUCAAACGCCUUACUUAAAUCCAUGUAUACCACAUCCACUGCUCUACCUUCAUGCAGGUGUUUGGUCACCUCUUCAAAGAAUUCAAAAAGGUUUGUGAGGCAUGAUCUACCCCUCACAAAUCCAUGCUGACUAUCACGAGUCAAACUGCACCUUUCCAAGUAAUCAUAAAUCCUAUUUCUCAGAGCCCUUUCCAAUAAUUUACCCACCACUGACGUAAGUCUAACUGGCCUGUAAUUUCCGGGGUUAUCCUUAUUCCCUUUCUUGAACAAGGGAAUGACGUUUGCCUCUCUCUCCAAUCUUCCGGCCCUAUACCAGUGGACAGUAAGGACAAAAAGAUCAUCGCCAAAGGCCCUGCAAUCUCUUCCCUCGCUUCCCAUAGAAUCUUUUGAUAAAUCCCAUGAGGCCUGAGGGACUUAUCUAUCUUCAACUUCCUCAAAAUUCCUAGCACAUCUUCCUUACUAACAGCAACCUCCUCUAGCCUACCAGCCUGUUUCACACUGUCCUCCUCUACAGCUAGGCCCCUCUCAGUUAUGAAUACCAAAGAAAAGUAUUCAUUAAGGACCUCUCCUAUCUCUUUAGGCUCCGUGCACAAAUUCCCUUUACAAUUCUUGAUCAGCCCUACCCUUUCUCUGGUCAUUCUCUUAUUCCUCAUGUACGUGUAAAAAGCCUUGGCAUUUUCCUUGAUCCUAUCUGCCAAGGUUUUCUCAUGCCCCCUUAUAGCUCUCCUAAGCCCUUUCUUCAGCUCCUUCCUGGAUAACUUGAACCUCAAGAGCCUUUUCCGAUCCUUGUUUCCUAAACCUUACAUAAGGAUCCAUCUUCCUCCUAACCAGUCAUUCGACCUCUCUUGAGAACCAAGGCUCCCUCACUCGAUCCCAUCUUCCCUGCCUGCUAGGGACAAACAUAUCGAGCACACGCAGUAUGCAUUCCUUAAACAAUCUCCAUAUUUCAAUAGUGCUCUUCCCUGACAGCAUCUGUUCCCAUUUUAUAUUACCCAGUUCUUGCCUAACAGAAUUGUAAUUACCCUUCCCCCAAUUAUAAACCUUACCCUUCUGUAUGUACCUAUCCUUUUCCAUGACUAUUGUAAAAGUAACAGAGUUAUGAUCGAAGGAAUUCACAGUCAGUGCUGUGAUGACUUCUGGUCUGUUCUUUAUUUAUACUUGCUGCUUUCAGUAAUUCAUGUGAAGUGUUUGAAGAAUACUUAAGGAGCAGUGGAUUCUGGUAAAUGGACUUUGAAUGGUUCACUACCUUCUGAGUGGAUUGUAGUGGCUGUUACACUUCCUAAUAAGUGCAGCCUUACAAGUCCAAGUGAAGUUGAGAUUUAAUCUACCUGCAGAUUUUGUUCCCGGUCCUACAAGGCAUGUGGUAAAAUUUGUAGAAAGUAUCUUGAUUUAUGUUUUGCUGUUAGUAGAAAGGAGCACUUGAGCAGCAGCAAGCCUUUAUUGAAAUAGCAUUUGUAAAAUGGGAGAGCAAUUGCAGUUUCGAGUUGGUGAAAUAAGGCUGACCUUAUUAAAACAUUGAUUCUUAGUUUCAUUAUAUUUCCCAAUACAAUCCAUAGUCAUUUGUUAAACUCUGAUUCUUCUGUGUGUCUGUUAUAAAUCAUUGACUCCUUAUUCUGAGACUAUGAUUCCUAGUUCCACACUCACCACUCAGAGGGAGUAUCUUCUCAGCAUCUGCUUGUUCAGAUCUGAAAGAACAAUGGAAGUUUGAUGCCAGAUGUAGCACAGUCCACCUUCUGAUAUAGUUUGAAGAAAAUAGUAAAUAAUGAGUAUCAUCAGUGUAGUUCUGUCCACUGAUGCACACCAAUGAAACAGAAUUACUUUAAUUUUCCGUCAGUAAGACUUCUAGAUUGGUCUCCCUGUACUUAAAAUAGAAGUAGUUGAGUUGGUGAGGUUUUAAAAAGCAAGAAGAAAGUAAAUUGUCCAGUGCUUUUGGCAGGCAUUUGGAGAUAAUAAAACAUUCAAAUAUUGAGAUGUAAGAAAAGGGGACAGAUAUGAAGAUUCAUUGUUUCUUUCAGAAAUAGGUGUCACUUAUUCAAGGUGAUCUGUCCCAUUAUCUGGUUGUAAGCUCUUCUGCUGUUCUGGUAGUGAUCUUAAAUAUUAUUGCUGCAAGGUUUAGUUUAGAAUAUUGUGUUCAAUAGCUAUGAUUGUAUAUAAUAAAUCUUGCAUCUAUAUAGCUUUCUUGGUAUGUUACAAGUAUUUUAAAGCCAAAUAAAUACGCUUGAAGCUUG